GGUAUAUAAAGCAGUCACGGAAAGGUAAUUCAGCCCCACAGCCGAGAGAUCUGAAACUGAGCGUAACUGCUUGCGCUCGCUUUGAUAUCUCACCCUCGAAAACAGCCAUGCCCUCAAACGCAUGUGAAUACCAGCUUCUGUUUCUCUUCUGUAUUUUCAUUAAGAGUUGUCAGGCUUUCGAGAACGACGCCACAGAGAUCCUAGAUUCGCGCCUGGAUGUUCCGCUCGUAGACUCUCCUCCUAAUAAUGUCUCCUUGAAUCGAGCACGGAACGGAGGGAAGAGAUUGGAUAAGACAGGGAUAAACGAGCAAAGUCUGGUCGGGUGCAGGGAACUGCGGUCAACAAAGUACAUCUCGGACGGGCAGUGUACGAGUCUGAGCCCGGUGAAGGAGCUGGUGUGCGCUGGAGAGUGUCUCCCGGUUCAGAUGCUGCCCAACUGGAUCGGUAGCGGCUACACGAGGAAGUUCUGGGGCCGGCGAGACGCGCAGGACUGGCGCUGUGUGACUGACCGUACGCGGCCUCAGCGCAUUCAGCUGCAGUGCCAGGACGGUAGCUCCCGGACCUACAAGAUCACGGUGGUCACGUCCUGCAAGUGCAAGAGGUACUCGAGGCAGCACAACGACUCCGGUACCAAGACGGAGGAGCCGCCCCCGCCUCAGAGCCAGGCCAAGGCCAAGCGAAAGCCGGGGAAAGUUACGCAGGGGGCGGACAGGGACCGAGCAGAGCCGAAAAACUGAUAACCUUGCGACUGAUCAUGGGGACGAUUCCCUGUUGCGACUGGUUUGCAAAAAGAUGUUCAUUCGCCCCUUCCUCGCGCCAUUGUCAUUGUGUGUGUCUGUGUGUGCGCGCGCGCCCGUGCGUAUUUGUGUGCAUGAGAUGGGGAGCAUCUACUGACUGCAUCACUGCUAAAGGUUCUUUUCCCAGAUGUAUUCGAGAAUGUUGCAUUAAAUAAAAUAGAAGAGCAAUAUUGUUUGAAUGGAACAAUGCAUUGGCCAAACUGCCAUCCAUGUUUUUGGCUUCUAGUGAGUAACACAACUCUGGUACAUGGGAAAGGGAGAUAA